AUGGGUGGUGAAAAGUUUGGAUUUUUUAUCUGGGUUUCAUCGAUUUCUUGCUUAAUCUGCCUCUGCCAUGGAUACGUACCUGUGAAUAAUUACCUAAUCAACUGUGGUUCACCGACCAAUAUCACUGUAACUGGUCGAGUGUUCAUCUCCGACAAGCUUGCCUCAACCCUCUUAACCUCUCCCAGUGAGAUCCUCGCCGCGAGUAAUCGCAGUUCCGAUUCAGAUAUUUACAAGACGGCGAGAAUCUUCACCGGAAUCUCUAAGUACACAUUCUCUGUUGCUCGAGGCCGACACUGGGUUCGUCUCCAUUUCAGUCCUUUUCAGUUCAAAAACUUCGAAAUGGGCUCAGCUAAAUUCUCUGUUUCUUCACAGACACAUGUGCUCUUGAGUGAUUUCACAGUGAAAUCAAGAGUUAUGAAGGAAUAUUCUCUGAAUGUAGCCACGAGUCAUCUCGAGCUCAUGUUUACUCCCUCGGGUGAUUCGUUUGCGUUUGUGAACGCCCUCGAGGUUGUAUCGAUUCCUGAUACAUUGAUCAGUGGUGAUCCUUCUUUUGCAGGCAGUCCCGGGAGGUUUCAGGGCUUGUCAUGGCAAGCUCUUGAGACGGUUCAUAGAGUGAACAUGGGCGGUCCGCGUGUUACGCCUAAUAACGAUACUCUUUCGAGAAUUUGGGAGCCUGAUUCGGAGUUUCUUGUAGAGAAGAAUCUAGUUAAGAGUGUGUCUAAGAUUGCAAGUGUUGAUUAUGUUCCUGGUUAUGCUACAGAGGAUACUGCUCCAAGAACUGUCUAUGGCACUUGCACCGAAAUGAAUUCCGCGGAUAAUCCGUCUAGCAAUUUCAAUGUGACCUGGGAUUUCGAUGUUGUCCCGGACUUUCAGUACUUCCUUCGGUUUCAUUUCUGCGAUAUCGUGAGCAAAGCUCUAAACCAGCUCUACUUCAAUCUUUAUGUUGACGCAAUGAUGGUUGUCGAGAAUCUUGAUCUAAGCUCUUAUUUAUCUAACACUUUGGCCGGUGCAUACACAAUGGAUUAUGUCACGGGAUCAGCAAAACAGAACAAUAGAAUACGUGUGAGCAUUGGUCCAUCGACUGUUCACACGGAUUACCCUACUGCAAUUUUGAACGGACUAGAGAUCAUGAAGAUGAAUAACUCCAAAGGCCAGCUCAGUAUGGGGACAUUUUUGCCUGGUGCUUCAAACUCAACCACGAAGAAGAAGAACAUCGGUAUGAUCGUUGGUGCGACAGUCGGUCCAUUGUUUGCUUUAGUGGUUUUAGGAGGUUUCUUUUUGCUGUUCAAGAAACGAGGGCGAGGUCAAGAUGGUCAGUCAAAGACUUGGAUUCCUUUGUCUACUAGUGGAGCUACUUCAGACUCAAAUGGAACUACAAUUACAAGCGUAACUUCCAAUUCCAGUUACCGAAUUCCUUUUGCAGCGGUUAAAGAGGCGACAAAUAGCUUUGACGAGAAUCGAGCCAUUGGAGUAGGCGGUUUUGGUAAAGUGUACAAAGGAGAGCUUCACGACGGCACUCAAGUGGCUGUUAAAAGAGGGAACCCCAAGUCUCAGCAAGGUCUUGCAGAGUUCAGGACAGAAAUCGAAAUGCUAUCUCAGUUCCGUCAUCGCCAUUUGGUUUCUCUGAUCGGUUACUGCGACGAGAACAACGAGAUGAUCCUGAUUUACGAAUAUAUGGAGAACGGAACAUUGAAGAGUCACCUUUACGGCUCUGGUCUUCCAAGCUUGAGUUGGAAACAAAGGCUUGAGAUAUGUAUUGGAUCAGCUAGAGGGUUGCAUUAUCUCCAUACCGGUGACUCAAAACCCGUGAUCCACAGAGAUGUGAAAUCCGCAAACAUAUUGCUCGACGAGAAUCUCAUGGCUAAAGUUGCAGACUUUGGAUUGUCCAAGACCGGACCCGAGAUCGAUCAGACUCAUGUGAGUACUGCGGUCAAAGGAAGUUUCGGGUAUCUUGAUCCAGAAUACUUCAGAAGGCAACAGCUGACUGAGAAAUCGGACGUUUACUCAUUCGGAGUCGUUAUGUUCGAGGUUCUAUGCGCAAGACCCGUUAUAGACCCGACACUCACUAGAGAGAUGGUGAAUCUUGCGGAAUGGGCGAUGAAAUGGCAGAAGAAAGGGCAGCUUGAACAUAUCAUCGAUCCGUCCUUACACGGUAAAAUCAGACCCGAUUCGUUAAGGAAGUUUGGUGAAACAGGGGAGAAAUGUUUAGCUGAUUUCGGAGUCGAUAGACCGUCAAUGGGAGAUGUGUUGUGGAAUCUUGAAUACGCUUUGCAGCUACAAGAAGCAGUCAUUGAUGGUGAUGAUCAAGAAGAUGAUAACAGCACGAACAUUAUCGGUGAGUUACCUUUACGGUUCAAUGAUUUCAACAACCGUGGAGACACGAGCGUUAACGUUGGUGUAGCUAGAGAGAGACAGUUUCAAGAAGAAGAGUCGAGUGUUGAUGAUCUUUCAGGUGUUUCCAUGAGUAAAGUUUUCUCACAGCUGGUGAAAUCUGAGGGACGUUAA